AUGGCAAUUUCCUCAACUCUCAAGAAACUUGUCUUUACAUUUCUACUACUCCAAAUUUCCUCUCUUUCACAUGCUCAUCUUUUAAAGACGUGCAAGAUCGACCAAAUAUACAACAUCGGAGAUUCGAUCUCCGACACCGGAAAUUUGAUACGAGAAAUCGGCCUGGCCACCUUCUGUGCGAGGCCGCCUUACGGCGAAUCAUUUUUCAAGAAACCAACUGGCCGGUGCUCCAAUGGCCUUCUUAUGAUCGAUUUCAUGGCAUUAGAUGCAGGCGUUCCUUUGUUACCACCCUACAAAAACAGUGGUGCUGAUUUUAGGCAUGGAGUGAACUUCGCCGUGGCGGGGUCGACGGCACUGCCCUGGUAUGAGUUGGCGGCGGAGAAUGUCUCCUCUUCGGUGACAAAUAGUUCUCUUUUUGUGCAGCUGGAUUGGGUGGCUUCUCAUAUCAACUCCACUUGUCAUAAUCACAGAGAUUGUAGCAAGAAAAUGGAAAACGCGGUUUUUAUGUUUGGAACAAUUGGUGGAAACGACUACAACUAUGCCUUCUUUGAAGGAAAGCCAAUAGAGGAGGUGAGAAGCAUGGUACCUCAAGUUGUAAAUACCAUCAUGCUUGGUGUUAAGAAAGUUAUGAGCUACGGAGCUACAAAGGUGGUGGUUCCCGGGAACAUGCCUAUCGGUUGCCUUCCAGUUUACAAAACCCAAUUCUUGACAAACAUUUCGGCAGCAUACGAUGAGAGCCUGUGCCUAAAGCAAAUGAAUGAUUUUGCUAAAUACCACAAUCAACAACUUCAACAAGCCAUCCAUGAUCUACAGCAACAAAACCCUAAUGCAACCGUCGUCUAUGCUGAUUACUACAACGCUUAUCAGUUUCUAUUGGAACACUCCAAAUCUCACGGGUUCGAAACAGAAAGGGCUUGUUGUGGGAUCGGAGGGAAAUACAAUUACGAUAUGCCAAGAAUGUGUGGGAACGAUGGAGUUGGGGUGUGUCCGGAUCCAGAGCGAUACGUAAGCUGGGAUGGGGUGCAUUUGACUCAGCGAUCAUACAAGAUCAUGGCUGGAUGGCUGCUUCGUCAAAUCUUCUCCAGCCUUCAUUGCCACUUUUAAAACCCUACU